AUGGCAGAAGACAUCAAGACCAAAAUCAAGAACAACCAGACUGCCCCUUGUGAUAGCCGCUUCCCCAGCCAGAACCAGACCAGGAAUUGCUGGCAGAACCUGGACUUCCAUCGCUGUGAGAAGGCAAUGGCCGCUAAAGGGGGUAAUGUUUCCGUGUGCGAAUGGUACCGGCUUGUGUACAAGUCCCUCUGCCCCAUAUCCUGGGUGUUGGUCUGGGAUGACAGUUGGACAGAAGGCACGUUUCCUGAGAAAAUCUAA